AACCAACCCUUUCCACCUUCUCUUAUCACCUCUGCGUAUCUUCUCCUACAAAACUAAAACCAUUCAUUCAUUCAUUCUCCAUUUAGAUUUUCUCUUCCACAAUCUCACCUUCACAGAAAAAAAAAUAAAAUCUCAGCCCUUACUUUACCAUCGGAAAGUUUCUUUUCCCGGCCUUGCAUGGUCUCCAACUUCUCUCAUCCAUGCAAACGACCAAGAACAGAAGGCCCGGAAUAACCCACUCUCCGGCGAACUCAACCACCGGAAACCGACCCUCCCUCUCCUCCUCCGGGCAAUGUCUUCGCUGCAGUACGACCCGGCACCGGUCUCGCCGCCGUACAACACCCCACCAGCGCUGAUCGCCUUCACGCUGGGUGUGCUGGUGGUGUGCUUCGUGGCGUUCAGCAUCGUUUACCUGUGCAAAUACUGUUUCUCGAGCGUGGUCCAAACCUGGGCCUUUCAACGCACCGCUUCGGGUUCCAUCAUUCGUCUGACGCCCCAUAGAUCUCCUCCCAGAGGCCUUGACCCUUCGUUGCUUGAGGUCUUCCCCAUCUUCCCCUACUCCUCCGUGAAGGACCUCCGGAAGGAUCAGAAGUACUGCUUGGAAUGCGCCAUCUGUUUGGUGGAGUUUGAGGAUGACAGCAAGCUCCGCCUCUUGACCCUCUGCUGCCAUGUCUUCCACCAGGACUGCAUCGACCUCUGGCUCUGCUCUCACAAAACCUGCCCCGUAUGUCGCCGAGACCUUGACUCUCCCCCAGACGACCAACCUCUCAAACCCGGCGACGUCGUUGUUUCCUCAGCCAGCGGCGAGAUACGCGUUGAUGUGAGAGAAGAAGAAGGCCUUGAUUGUGGGCGUGAACAUGUUUGUGAUAACAGCCAAGAUCAACAACAACAACAGGAACAAACUGAACCUGAACGUGGUCGUGGUCUUGGACAGGAACAUGAGGUGGUUGAUGCACACGAGGAACAGAUGUUUGUACGGUCGCAUUCCACCGGGCACUCCAUAGUUAUGAUCAGAGGGGAGGGGGAUGAUGAGGGAAAGAAUGACGAUGACAAGUACACGUUGAAAUUGCCGGAGCAUGUUUUGAGAGUGAACAGUAAACAUAAUUCUACGAGGAGCUGUGCGAGUUUUAAGGAUAUGACCAAGCUUGAUGCUCCUCUACCUUGCAGUAAUUGUGGGUUUGUUCAACCCCCAUCACCCAGUUGCUCCUCCUCCCCAACUCAUACUCAGAGACCUUAAACACUGCAUCUUAAAAUUUAGAGUUUUCUCUUCUGUUUUUAAGCUUUUGCUGCAUGUAAUUUGAGAUAGAAAGCAAUAGUUUGAGGUAAAUGGUUGUUGUAGAGUAGAUAGGCACUGUGCAUUAUGGUAAGCGAUAUAUUCCUGAGUUGGAAGGUUUUUAUGUGUUUCUGUCUUUGGCUAAAACUAGGAUGUCUGGUUUUUGCAAAGUUGGAGCCUUUUCAGUGAAAUAACUUCCUCCAUGGAUGAAGGAAAACAACACCUGUUAUCCUACUCUUGUUUAUACCUUUUGAAAGUUGC